AGCCGUUUUGGCCCAAUAUGGAAUCUUUCAUCGUGCUGCUCAGCACCCGACACCGGACGGGACGAGGUCCUGAUAGGUCUCAUGUGCGCUGGUCGUUUCCAGAAAGCUGUGGGCCACAAAUGAGAUCAAUAGGCAGUAUUUCAAAAACGUCGGCGGAAUUUUUGCGGACAAGGCUCCGCUCAUCCACGCUCUUGUCAGGUUUCGCCGACGACAUUCACCAGGCUAUGCAGGGUAGUGAGUCUGCAAAGAUAGUUGGGGCGGCACUACUUCGUUUGGACCCGAGCAGGACGGCCCAGUAUCAUGAUACAGUUGGCAUGGACAGCGUGUGGUUUGAUUUGGAGGGUCCCAGCUGGCAGCGCGCACACUGGCAAGUAUUGGCUGCCGCACCUUUUGGAACAGGAGUGGUGGCAAUUCCAGACCUGGACCUGCAUGUUCUGUGGUGGAAUUGGUUCAAGCCGAGUGACGUGACUAUACAGAGGUGCCGUGAAAGUAUGGACGAAGUUGCACGGAAUUGGCGACAGUGCGGCAUCUUUGAUGGCACGUUGAAGCAUGAUGAAGUGAUUGUUUGCAGUUUACCCCCUGUUCUGGCGCACAUGGUGGCGGGUGGUCUGAUUGAUUCGAUUUCUUUCAGCUUGAGCCGCCGAUCAGACCAUCAACUUAAGCCACUUCGGCCGUUGCGCAAACUUCGACGCACCAUCGUCCGCCCAGAUGGCGACCAAGAGUUAAUCUUCAAUUCAGCUGCAUUUCAAGCACUGGCACAUGCAUUGGGCAAUGUUGCGAGAGACGGCAUCAGCGAUGACCUGGAGCAGCGCCAAGAGACGCAUGACGAACUCGAGCGUUUCCGCCAGUGGGCGCUUCGUUGCUCGCACACGCUCUCGAAACAGAAUAUGCUUGCACACAGAGUGGAAAAGGGCGGCAAACGUGCCAGGCUUUGUCACCUUCGAGUUGGGGCAGCUGGAGUCGACGAGCAUCAUGGACGCUUCACCAGUUGGUUCGUUCUGCACUCAGUCCUCACAUGCAGCCAGCUUUUGCACGAUAGGGACUUGAACAAGGUUUUCAAGAUGGCUGUGCGAACGUUUUUUCCUCGCGAACUCUCCAAGUCACUCGAGGAAAUGGUUGAGGGUAUGCCCGUGCCAGACGCGUCGCAGCUUUCCAGGUGGAGGAUCAUGGUGGACGCAGCUUACAUGUUGAAACAACGGGGCAUGCACCUUCCUCUCAUGGAGUGCGACUGCGUGGUUUUCAUGCUCUCGGACAGCUCGCCGCAAGGCACCAGAGAGAAAUAACAACGCAAUGCUGUGAGGUUGCCAUGCCCCCCUCCCCCCUUCUUCUCCCCUUCCGCUUUCCUCCUCCUCCUCCCCCUCCCCCUCGAAUGCUCGGGUGCUAGCGGCCCUAUGUCUCUCCGACGUGGCCGACAGCGCGCGGCCCGCGGCGGCCGCCGCGCGCAGGCGCCCGAUGCGCAGGGGGGAAUCCCCUUCACACGAAAAAGGCCCCCUGCCACCAG